CCUCAUGUGUGGGGCUUCCUCCUUUGUGUUCUGGUCCCCACUGUCCCCCAUCCUUCCAGUAUCAGUGGGAUGUCCCAGGUGUGUCUCCUCUUGGCCCUGCUCAUGCUCUGCAGCUCUACAAAGGUGUCUUCUACCACGUCCCUGGAGCUUCUGAAGGAGCGGUGGAGCAGCUACAGGAAUCAGUGUUUGGACUUCUUAAACUCCACACCCCCUGCUAUAGGGGUGGUGUGUAACAGGACCUUUGACCAGUAUGUCUGCUGGCCUGAUGGACUCCCUGGAACCACAGUCAAUGUGUCCUGCCCCUGGUUUUUGCCUUGGCAUCAUAAAGUCCAGCAGGGUUUGGUCUACAUAUUCUGCAGUAAAGAUGGUAGAUGGGUACAAAGAAAUACCAGCGAGUGUGAGGACGACUCUGGCCAGCAGCAGUAUGGCCGCAUCCUCAGCCAGUUUCGGAUCAUGUACACCGUGGGAUACUCGCUCUCUCUGGGAGCUCUGCUACUGGCAUUGGGAAUCCUCAUCACUUUCAGGAAGCUGCACUGCAUGAGGAACAACAUCCACAUGAACUUGUUUGCCUCCUUCAUCCUGAGAGCCGUGUCCAUUCUGGUCAAAGACGCCCUGCUGACCCUCACACUGGACCCCAGGAACAGCGGUGACUCUCGGGCUCAAACCUGGAUCAACAUACCGGCUGACAUUUGGUGUCGGGGUGCCGUGGUGAUGAUGCAGUACACCGUGAUGGCCAACAACUAUUGGCUGCUGGUGGAGGGCAUCUACCUGCACAGCCUGCUCGUCAUCACUGUGUUUAGUGAGAAGAAGUACUUCUACAUUUACCUGGCCAUUGGGUGGGGUGCGCCCCUUAUCUUCGUUUCACCAUGGAUCACAGUGAAGUACCUCUAUGAAAAUGAAGAGUGCUGGGAGAGAAAUAUUAACAUGGGAUACUGGUGGAUCAUUCGUUCGCCAAUACUGGUUGCUUACCUCAUCAAUUUUUUCAUUUUCAUUCGAAUCAUCAAAAUCCUGAUGUCUAAACUGAGAGCUCACCAGAUGAGAUACACGGACUACAAGUUCAGAUUAGCAAAGUCGACCCUCACUCUCAUCCCUCUGCUGGGGAUUCACGCCAUUCUCUUUACCUUUGUCAUUGACGAGUCCGUCCCAAAAGGUUCAAUGCUGCGCCUGAUCCGACUCUUCUGUGACCUCCUGUUCAACUCCUUUCAGGGCUUGCUGGUUGCCAUCUUGUACUGCUUUGUCAACAAAGAGGUGCAGUCAGAGAUGCUCAAAAAGUGGAAGAGGUGGAAGCUGGGUAAGGACAUCGACGAGGAGUACCGUCACACCCACAGCCAGACGCCGCACAUGAAAAGCGGCAGCAUUGCCACGGGCAAUAUACCCGAUCUCCAUGACAAUAACACCAGUGACCCCAGCGGCGGCUCACUGGGGACACUUCAACUCAACAAAGCGGACAAAGGCCCGUCCUGCUCCACGGCACCGGAGGAGAACCGCAAACUGGUGGUCUCCUACAGCAACGGCAUGGGGGAAGUCCGGCCCUCGUGGGGCAAACACGCGUUCCAUUUCUCCUUCUACUCAAAGAGAGGUGACGCCAACACCGCCACGGAAGAUGUGUGUCUGGAAGAGAAGGCGCAGGAAGGGGAGGAAACUGCCGUCUGAUGUGUUGGGAUCGAUGGUUUUACAACAGACAAGGACCAUUUCAAAGACUUAAGACAUCUAGAAUGAUCAAACAUAAGGAUUAAAUGAAAGUCAUGUACCCUAUUUUUAGGACCAUAGUGCACACCGGAGUAUAAGACGCAUUAAAGGGGUUAUUUUAUUUUUUUUCUACAUUUAAAACACUUCCUUGUGGUCUACAUCAGUGUUUUUCAACCUUUGUUGAGCCAAGGCGCAUUUUUUUCAUUCUGAAAUCAUUAAGAAAUGAAACUCAGUAGACAGUAAAAAAGU